GCAAUAUAACCCUAUGCCUCUGUAGUGGGUUUUGAAUAUUUAAGUAUACAGUAAUUGAGGAGGAAUUUGCAUUCAUGUUGACACAAGUUUUGAAGUAUGUGAUAGAUAAGUGUUCUGAAGACCAGGCUGACCAUGUCACCUGGUCACAUGAUCAAUAUUAGGCGUCACUGUAUAGAAUUGUAGUCACAUGGUAAGUCACAAGGCACUAACACUAGUCCAUAUAAAAGCUGCUCCUUUCGGUUGUCAGUCACUGUAACAACAGCUGGAACAGCAGAAAAGGAACUAAAAGAAGAUGAAUGGUUUGUGGUAUGUUUGCUUACUGGCAGUAGUCAGAGGAGCCUCUGUCCAGUCGGGGAAUGUCCAGUGGUUUGACAUAGUAGAAGCACAGAAACAUCCUGAACAGUUACACAUCCUACGAACCAAGGCUGGGAUCAACUAUCAACCUUAUGAACAGGCCUGGAAGGAGUUCAAAAUCCUACAUGGUAAAACUUAUGAAGCACUAGGAGAUGAGGUCCGUCGUUUCCAAAUCUUCAGAGAUAAUGUCCAGAGGAUUGAAGAACACAACAAGCUGUACCACCUCGGAAAGAAAUCCUACUACCUGGGGGUCAACCAAUUCUCUGACCUGGAACAUAGAGAGUUUGUGAAAUACAAUGGUCUCAACAGAACGUCACUGAAGGAUGGGGGAUGUUCGUCAUACUUGGCUGCCAACAAUCUGGCUCUCCCAGACUCCGUGGACUGGAGAACCAAGGGCUAUGUCACCAAAGUCAAAAACCAGGGUCAAUGUGGUUCCUGCUGGUCUUUUAGCACAACUGGUUCCCUUGAAGGACAACACUUCCGGAAGACGGGUAAACUUGUCUCGCUCAGUGAGCAGCAGCUGGUCGACUGCUCCGGAUCUUUUGGAAAUGAAGGCUGCAAUGGUGGACUUAUGGACAAUGCAUUCAAAUAUAUAAAGUCAGUGGGAGGCAUUGAAUCAGAGGAGGAAUACCCAUACAAAGCAGAGAAGAAAACAUGUAAAUUUGAGAAGUCGGAUGUGGUUGCUACGGACAGUGGAUGCAUUGAUGUUGAGAGUGAGAGUGAGUCGGCCCUACAAAAAGCCUUGGCUGAGGUCGGACCUGUCUCCGUGGCAAUCGAUGCCAGCCAUUCUUCAUUCCAGUCCUAUGCAGGAGGAGUUUAUGAUGAACCUGAGUGCAGCUCUGAGCAGUUGGAUCAUGGUGUGUUGGCUGUAGGUUAUGGUACUGAUGACAAUGGAAAGGAUUAUUGGCUCGUUAAAAACAGCUGGGGCGAGGAAUGGGGUAUUGAUGGUUACGUCAAAAUGACCAGAAACAAGGACAACCAAUGUGGAAUAGCUACACAGGCCAGCUAUCCUCUUGUGUAAACAGUGUCCAAUAUACAGGGGGGAAAAAAAGACAUUCCUAAGGAAGACAACCACACCAGAGAAAUAAAAAACUUUCCAGCAAUUUUAUUUAAGAUAACAUUUGACCAUGUCUCUAUAGAUAUAGCUAUGCUACAAAAUCCAUAUUUAAGAAUGAAAACCAAGACCAUCUUUAAAUUCUUGCUAUAUAAAGUAUGAUUGCUAUCAAAAGUAUGAAUUUGUUUAAAUGAAUCAUAGCCAUUUUUUAGUGGCACACACAUUCUUAAGUUGUGAAAACAUUCAGAUUUUGUGAGACUUUUGAUGUGUGCAUGGUGCUUGCAAGAUGUGUGAAUUUUUCCGGUGCCAUUUGUAUAGGCCCUUUUUUUAUGUGUAUAUCAAUAAUUGUGAUAUUUAUAUGGAUAUUACUUUAUGUUUUUUUUUAAAGUCACAAUUAUGUUGUACCGAUAGGAACUUAUUGCUUUGGUAACAGUAUUGAUAACAUUUCAUUAAAGUAUGAUAUAGUUUUAGGAGUACAAUAUAUUAGAUUUUCAAUAUCUCAUUUUCUUCGUGGAUAUUGAAUUUCCUAUGAUGUUCUCUUUGUCAGAUCUGGUGUUCUUAUGCAUGUUUUGUGUUUAUCCUAUGAUACUUUGAUUCUCAUUCAGGUUUGUGUUUUGUUUUUUUGGUUGAUCAAUAGAAGGCAGGUGCAUUUCUGACUUUGCUGAAACGUAUACAUAUUAUUUCAAAACAUUUUUUAAAAAUUGUUGUCUAUCAAGAAAUAAAGUAUUUUAUACAUAAA